ACACACUACGAAUCUAUCAUUGAUGUGAUUUGUGUCGAUUUGGAUCGCUGCUAAACCGUGGUGGUGCAAACAAUAGUGUUUGUACCUUCCUCUUUCUUUGGGCACGCGUGUUGUUUUUGAUUCGUGAACCCAAACUCCAUUAUUGUUGUCAGGAACAAAAAACACGACCACUAUAUAUUCAAUUCUAUCAGCAACACUCUCACAGUUUUAUUAUAAAUAUUUUAUUUUCUCUCUUGGUCCAUAACACAUGGUUGAAUACGCUUCCAGAACCAACCAUAGCGACCAUAAUCAAGGUUUUGCCAUGGAGGCUCAUUCCAUAGAUGGUGUUUCUUCACAAACUGACUCCAAAUUAUACGAUGAUGAUGGCCAUGUUAAACGAACAGGGAACGUUUGGACUACAAGCUCGCACAUAAUAACAGCAGUGGUGGGUUCGGGAGUGCUGUCUUUGGCAUGGGCCAUGGCUCAAAUGGGCUGGGUCGUUGGGCCUGCCGUUAUGAUCUUCUUCAGUGUUGUUACGCUUUAUACGUCGGCGCUUCUCGCUGAUUGUUAUCGCAGUGGUGAUCCCGUUUCUGGGAAGAGGAACUAUACUUUCAUGGAUGCAGUUCAAACCAUUCUUGGGAGGCACCAUGAUACCUUUUGUGCGGUAGUUCAGUACUCAAAUCUUUACGGCACCGCUGUAGGAUACACAAUUGCAGCUUCUAUUAGCAUGAUGGCGAUAAAAAGGUCCAACUGUUUCCAUUCCACGGGUGGAAAAGAUAAGUGCCUCGUGUCGAGCAACCCAUUCAUGAUCGGUUUUGGCAUCAUCGAAAUUGUAUUCUCUCAAAUUCCAGAUUUUCAUAAAACAUGGUGGCUCUCCGUGGUUGCAGCAAUCAUGUCCUUUGCCUAUUCCAUAAUUGGCCUCUCUCUUGGAAUUGCCAAAGUUGCAGAAACGGGUACUUUCAAGGGCAGUCUGACAGGAAUCAGGAUAGGAGCUGUAUCAGAGGCGAAUAAAGUAUGGGGAGUUCUCCAAGGUCUUGGUGACAUAGCCUUUGCUUAUUCAUAUUCUCAAAUCCUCAUUGAAAUUCAGGACACUAUAAAAUCUCCACCAUCGGAGGCAAAGACAAUGAAAAAAGCCGCUAAGAUAAGUAUUGGUGUAACAACAACAUUUUAUAUGCUUUGUGGCUUCAUGGGUUACGCUGCUUUUGGGGACGACGCACCUGGGAACCUGCUAACUGGAUUUGGUUUCUACAACCCAUAUUGGCUUGUAGAUAUUGCUAAUGCUGCUAUCGUAAUUCACCUUGUUGGAGCAUACCAAGUCUAUGCUCAGCCACUAUUUGCCUUUGUCGAGAAAUGGGCUUCAAAAAGAUGGCCCAAAGUUGAUAGAGAAUACAAAGUUCCCAUUCCUGGCUUUGCAUCUUACAAUUUAAGCCCAUUUAGAUUAGUUUGGAGAACAGGAUUUGUUAUCAUAACCACUAUUGUGGCAAUGUUGCUUCCAUUCUUCAAUGACAUCUUGGGACUUCUUGGAGCACUGGGGUUUUGGCCUUUAAGUGUUUUCUUCCCAGUAGAGAUGAGUAUCAAACAAAAGAAGAUCCCAAAAUGGAGUCAGAGAUGGAUAGGUAUGCAAUUAUUAAGCUUUGUCUGCCUCGUAGUGUCAGUUGCAGCUGCUGUUGGCUCAAUUGCCAGCAUCGUGGUUGAUCUACGGAAAUACAAACCUUUCCAUGUAGAUUAUUAAUUAAAUAAAUCCCAUCCACUCCCUCCUUGCCAAUGCUAGAAACUGUUGAAGGCAAUGGUAGUUGUUUGAAUAUCUUUUAUCUUAGUAAUGCUAUUUCAAUGUCAUCCUUGCUACACGUCUAAGCAAAAGUUCCACACAUUUUCAAA